AUGGAAGCAAUGGCCUAUUUAAGGAACUAUGGCUACCUACACAUCCCACUGGACAGUAGUAAGAGCCAGGUUUAUCAGACUGAAGAAAUCACAGAGGCACUAAGAACCUUCCAGAAGGCAACUAACUUGGCCGUCUCAGGGACACUCAACGAGGCCACAUUGGCAAUGAUGAAACGACCUCGGUGUGGUAUUGAGGACUCCUUCAAUGACAAAUCCCUCAAAUAUCGAGUCAUGGGUUCUACUUGGCGUAAGAAAAUGUUGACCUACCGCCUCUAUAAUUACACCCCAGAUUUGGGCCUGGCAAAAGCACGUGCGGCCAUCCAGGCUGCGUUUAGGUACUGGAGUGAGGUGUCAUCCCUGAGUUUCCGGGAGGUGCUGUUUCCGGGAAGAGCAGACAUCAAGAUCUCGUUUCAUAAGAAGGAUAGAUCAUGUCCGGUGCCCUUCGAUGGACCAGGGGGAGUGUUAGCCCACGCAGAUAACCCUGAAUCAGGCAUUGUGCAUUUUGACGAAGACGAGCAGUGGACAGAGGGGACGACCUCUGGCCGUAACCUGAGGAUUGUAGCAGCCCAUGAGAUUGGUCACGUGCUUGGCCUGGGUCACUCUCAGCACCACAAGGCUCUGAUGGGACCUGUCUACUUUGGUUACCAUGCCAACUUCAAACUGCAUCCUGAUGAUAUCCGUGGAAUCCAAGCUCUGGAAGCCAGGCAAUCGUCCAACAGUAUCCAGAAAGCCAAAUGA